UGGGGAUACGUUAUUUCUGGACCUCUUGUGGUUGGUGUUGGUACUGGUUGUAACUUUGGCGGUUGUAAUAUUAGGAGUGUGGCGUUGCUAGUGGUUGUAUUACUAGUUGAAGGUGUGAUAGUUGUGGCUAUAGUGGAGGAGUUUGUGUUUGACUUGACUGUGUUGUUAGCAUUUUUGUUUGUAUCUGGUGUAAUAUUGGUAGGAGGCCUUGGUAGGUCUAUAGGAAUAG